UCUCUCUUUUCCUCUGAUGAAACUGAUUUAUUUUUUCAAUGAUGAUGAUGAUGAUUUGGAUGGAUUCUCCCUCUGGACACAGUGACAUGAUCAGUGUACUGCAAUUCACAAACAGCACAAUCAUCUUGGCGUCCCAUGACAGAACUGUCAAUGUGGGACAAAUACAAAGGUGCAUGUCAUUCUAACUCUUCAACUUCCACAUAAACAAAUCAUUUAAUCAAGAAUGGAUGAGUAGUCACAACAAUGCAUGUAUGCUUACACUUGAUCUCUCUGCAUCUCGCUCUACAGGUGUGUUUGUGUGGGUCCUGUUCUAGUCUUGGAGGGGAACCUGCAAUGCUCCAGUGAACUGGUGUGGGUGAUGAAGUCAGCUCUACUUCCUCUCCUGUAGAGAAUAACCACCCAGUCAGUGUACACACAGUCAUUGCAUGCACUCUGCUCCAUACACACACAUACAAUCAUAAUUCACUUACUCUCACAGAUAUAUCAGUACUACUGUACUUUUAUGCAUAUUCUCUCAUGUUGCUCAAUCAACUACUCGCUAUCUUAUACACUAUCUGAUAUGCAUACACUUUAUAUCUAAUACCACUACAUUGAGUGUACAAAACAUUAGGAACACCUUCCUAAUAUUGAGUUGCACCCCCCCCCCCUUUUGCCCCCAGAACAGCCUCAAUUCGUCAGGUCAUGGACUCUACAAGGUGUCAAAAGCAUUUCAAAGGGAUGCUGGCCCAUUUGAUUUGAUUUAUUGCCACAGUUGUGUCAAGUUGGCUGGAUAUCCUUAGGGCGGUGGCUCAUUCUUGAUACACACGGGAAACGAUUGAGCGUGAAAGACCCAGCUGCUUUGCAGUUCUUUACACACUCGAAACCAGUGCACCUGGCACCUACUACCAUACCUUGUUCAAAGGCACUUAAAUAUUUUGUCUUGCCCAUUCACCCUCUGAAUGGCACACAUACAUAAUCCAUGUCUCAAGGCUUAAAAAUCCUUCUUUAACUUGUCUUCUCCCCUUCAUCUACACUGAAUGAAGUGGAAUAAACAGAUGGCAUCAAUAAGGGGUCUUAGACUAUCCAGAUGAAAGCUAUUACAUGGAAAGAGCAGGCAUCCUAAUGUUUUGUGCACUCAGUGGAUAUGUAUGUGCCUUAAAAACCCUAAGAGAAUAACCUCUUAAUGUUAAUCAGCUAUAGUUAAUGUAGUAUGCAAUAGUUACUUGAAAUAUAUAAUUCAAUUACGUUUAUUUUAAGUUUACAUGAAUCUAGUUGCACUCUCUACAUGCAGACUAGAACAGAACCUCGUUUUUACCUGGCCAGGCCAGGCUAGUGAUAAUUAUAUCAAUUUUGAAGGGCUGUUGCAGUCUUAUAUUUACGGUAGUACAUAUUUAUGUCACGUGUUGAAGGAAAGCGCGAUUGCAAUUUCGCCUGCAUCUCCCACAAGCAAUAUUGUUGCAAUUUGUAAACAUCUACGGAUUGUUUGUUGCGCAUUAGCUUGGAAAUUGGAGACUUUAUUUCACACAGAGAAUACAAAUUCUGUAAUUUGGACUGGACAAGAUGGCCAGCUGCAAUUUUCAGUCGCAGUUGGUAUCCAUUAUGGAGGUAUUAGCUAAAGCAGCUGUAGCAGAAAUUAACAAACGGGUUGAUGAUAGCUGUGCAGUUAUACGUUUGGAAAUGACCCAAAGCCAGCGAGAUAUUGAUGCACUGAAAAGGAAGUGUCAAAUGAUGGAGGGCGAGUUGAAGAAGACGCGAGUCAGGAGAAAAGUUUUUUACCCCAUGGCAUCAGCAAGAUCUUCAUAUCCAGUCAAGAUUGUUUUGAACAAGCAGAGGAGUAACUCACAGUGGAGAGAUGGAGAGGACUCUCAACCCCAGCCUACAGAUGUGGAGCAGAGAGUAGAGACUGAACCCAUACUGAUCAAAGAUGAGGAGACAGCAGAGGAUGUGUGGAAGACUGACCCUCAGGAAGAGCUCAGGAUCACUGGAGAGGAGUCUGGUUCCAAGCCUGGGCAACCACCAUCCUUUGAGCAACGGCACUUUGAGGACUUCAUCCCACAACCCAACAUAUCUCCUGAAGACUCAGUGGAACAUUACCCCAAUUCUGAUGGUCCAGAGGAACCAGACACACCCCGGCUCACAUCUACAGACGUGUUCAGCACAGAGCAGCACGGGCCAGAUGAGGACUCACUAGAGCUAGUGAUGGUGAAGGAUGAGAAAGAGGAGGAUCUUGAUCAGACCACGGCCCUGGCAGGACCUGACCAGUUUGUCAUGGAUGAGACUGAUGGGCAGCUGUGGACCUCUGUGGAUCCAGGCAGAGACACUGACCCUGAUGGCCACCCAAUUUUCUCCUUUCAUGCGUCAGAAGAGUACUCUCAGAAUAUCUCAAUUUUCCCAUCUCACAGUGGGCUUCCAUCCCUUCCUACUAUGACAGAUGAUGUAUGGCCAUCACUUCACUCUAAAGGGAAACCACAUGCUAACAUGUUCAGUACAGCAGCACAGAUGAAAAGACAUAUCAGGACAUUGGCUGAUGAGACUAGACAACAGAUGCCAGAAGGACAGAGCAGUGAGAUGCUAAACUCAAAUAAUGAUGGAAAUAGUUUAGCUCUACAGCCAAGGCAGCAUCAGUACAGGGCUUCAGAAUCAACAGUGAGAAUGAGUGAGUGCAUGACAGGGUCAAACAUGGCCACCACCUCCACCUUCUCUGGAUACAGCCUGAGUCGCAGUAGUUUUAACAUGGUGAAGAGAAUGAGGACUCGGUGGAGGUCGGGCGGCACCACUGAGAAGCGGUUCAGAGAGAAACCGCACACCUGCGAACAGUGUGGCAGGAGUUUCACCAAGCAGUGGAACCUCAUCAGACAUGCUGUGGUCCACAGUGGGGAGAAGCCAUACGAGUGCACACAGUGUGGGAAAUGCUUCACCCGGCGCUCCAGUAUGAAGUCACAUCAGAGAACUCACAUAGGAGAGAGUCCAGUGUCUCAAAAUGUUGUACCCCGAUACCCCUUGGAUCCACACACAAGUGUUAUGUUGUCUCAGACCAGGUGGAACUAAUAGGGACAUAAUUGCAUACUUUCUUUUUGAAAAUGUUGUACAGAAGGUAUUUAGAAGGUACAGAGACAUUUUACAAUAUUUUUCUCCCAAUUGAUUUGUGAAAUGCUUUGUCUGUUGAUGGCUCUUCACUUUCAUUUUAACAACCUAUUUACAACUGUUAAUGUGUUUUUGGCAACAAAAUCAUAAACAUCUUAUAUUAAUUAAAAAUUAUGUCAUGGAAGAGUC